AUGAACCUGGCCCAUCACAAUUUUUUCUUUGGAUGUCGAGCUUGCCUUUCCAAAGGUGUUUUCAAAUAUCACAUGAUGUGUUUUUUUGGUGAUGAAUUGCCUGUUCGUAUGAGAACUGUAGAAAGUCUCCAUCAAUUCGAGAGAAAUAGUUACGGUGUCAAUGGUCCAAAUGUUUUCAGGGAUCUUUCUACACUGACUAGUCCUGCUUUCUUCAGGCUUGAUGAGAUGCAUCUACUUGGACAUGUUGGCAAUUGCUGGAGGAAACAACUGGUUGACAGAAGGCAGUCAACUGGUUGGACUUCCUUCUGUUUUCUGUUUGUUGUGCCAAUGGUGGUGAUGAAGAACUUUGUUCUUGCCAAAACCAGAAAUGCUGUGCAAGACCUGGUAAAGGCCUGCACUAUUUCUCAGCAGUGGAAAGUGACAGAGAGAGAAGUCAACAUCAUGGAAGAAGCAAUUUGUUGCUGGCAUGUAUUCCUUUGUUACGAAGUCGCAGAAAAAAGGUUAAAGCCCACAAUUUUCGUGAUGAACCAGCACAUGCUGGCUCAUCUUGGCUACAUGAUGAGAGAGAUGGGCCCACUGCGGGCAUACAGCUGCUGCCCAAUCGAACGCACCAUUGGUGAAUACAGGGCAGCAAUUGGGUCUCAGAAGGAACCAGGGAAAAAUAUAGAAAACAUUCUGUUCCAUAAGGCCAGGGUCAAACAUUGCCUUGGUGGUUGGGCCUCCUGUAGAAGACCAACGGACAGGAGAACCAGCAACUUCGAAGUUGCAAGUAACAAUAUUGCUGGCCCCCAACUUUGGUCGAACCUGACCAGAAAGUCUUUGGCUGUUGUGGCAGAUGAGUGUGGAAUGAACUACCACAAUCUAGUUAGUUCAUUAGCGUGUAUUUGGAGCCAAGACAGCGUGUUUAUGGUUGAAGAAACCACCAACGUGGUUUGCAUCACAAUGAUGUGGAAGGGCAAUGUGGUAUACAGAGUCCAAUCUUCAUUUGAAGGCAGGCAUGUUCGAGCCAAUGACCUUGUUGUUCUCAAACACCUGAAUGAGUAUGGAUUUGUUUACAAAUUCUUUUCUCAAUCAGUCUUGGAAGAGACCAGGCUCUUUGCCAUUGUCGACUGUCUGUGUGGCAUCUGGCCCAACAAUGAGAGGAAGUUUCCUGUGUGGGAAAGUCUAACACUCAGUGAGAUUAAAGUGGUGGAGGUGAAGUCCAUCACAGGGAUGGCUGGUCUCAUUCACGACAUCAACAAUGAAACCAUUAGACAUGUGAUAUUUCCUCAUCCACAUUAUUAUAAAUAG